AUGGAUCCGGGCCGGCAGGUGGAGGAGGAGGAGAACGCAACAUUCUUGCUCCAGUUCUUCGCCAACUUCGGGGAUCAGCUACCGGUUGAUUCAGAACUCAAGGAAGCCCUUAGCUGGGCCUCAGACAAGCUGGGGCUCAAUCCCCACUUGCACAGCCAGUGCUUGCAUUUGGCCUGGGGUGAAAGUGAAAGUCAACUCCAGCGUAGCUUCCUAAGCUAUUGCAUGGAAAGAUUUCAGCGCAACAGUUCCGCUAGGAGUGGAAGGCCCAGAAUGGCUGACAUCAAAGCCGUUAUUCGGGCGAAACUGCAGGCCAUUGGGGUCCAUGCUGCAUCCGUCACCCCCUUCAAAGCUCCUAUAUACCACAUGGUUUUACAUGUUGUUUCUGACAUUUUGUUUCUGACAUUGAAAUGCAUGCUGAUCACUAUCAACAACCAAAACCUAGUCCAUAUCUUACUAAUCAAAAUUGAUCAAAUCAAAAAUGAAAAUGUAUAA